CUUUUACCUGUUUCAUCCACAUGUUCACUGACUUCUCUCCAGCUCGUCUGACUGUGAGUCCCAGCAGCUCUCAGCUGUUUGACAGAGACUCAGUGUCUCUGAGCUGUGAGGAGGACGACAGCUUUGCUGGAUGGACGCUGAGGAGGAACACGACCACAGACACCAGGACUCAGUGUGAAGACUGGGGAGAACCAGCUGGUUCUUCCUGUAACAUCACGGGCAUUGACCCAAUGGACAGUGGUGUUUACUGGUGCCAGUCCACACAGGGAGCGACCAGUAACAGCAUCAACAUCACUGUCACUGGUGGAGCAGUGAUCCUGCAGAGUCCUGUCCUCCCUGUGAUGGAGGGACAUGAUGUCACUGUGCGCUGUGAAGCACGGAGCCCUCCCUCCAGCCUCCCAGCUGCUUUCUAUAAAGAUGGCUCCCUGAUCGGGGCGGAGCCUACAGGUCACAUGACCAUCCGCCGUGUUUCCAAGGCUGAUGAAGGCCUCUACACCUGUAACAUCAGUGGUCAUGGAGCGUCUCCACCCAGCUGGCUCUCUGUCACAGAGAGACCUGCAGCUACAGCCCCGCCCUCAGACUCCACCCCCCUCCAGCUUGUACCCAGACUGGUCCUCCACCUGGUGGUGUUCUGUCCAUACUUCAUCUCCACUCUCCUCAUGGUGUCUCUAUAUCUACGCCGACCAACAGGUGAUGACCUGCCCGUCUCCAUGGCAACAGCAGCAGCCUCCCAGGCUGAGCAGAGAUUGGCUGAGGACUAUGAUGACGUCAUGGCGGUGACCACUGAGCAUCACUUCUGAGCUGAGAGUUCCUGCUACAUUAGUCAGAUGGUGUCUGAUAGAACCAGGACGACGACCAAAUGUCCAACAUCAAAUCGCCGUCUGAAGUUUGGACUGUUCCUUUACUGCAGCCACACCCGUCCGUGUCCUUCUCCUCAUUUUAAACAAAGGUCCAGACAACGCCAGUGUUGUGGAACGUGUCAGUGGACAAACUGCAUCAUCAAGUACUUUGUCACAUCAAACAGUAAACCUCCAGUAGUACUACGAGCCUUUACCACAGCUCGGCCCAGUGCUGUUCACAGGAUUAACCUUUAAAUUAAAACUAAUGCUCAUCUAGCAACUCAUCCUAACGUCCCAGAGUAAAACCUACGUGGACUUACCUUCCACAGCCUUUAUAUGGAGCGUUUCAGACCCACAGAGCUCCAUCUGCCAUGUGACUGGUGUGAGAAGCUUCCUGAGUCCAAGUCUCAGGCUUCCUCACUUCAGCACCAAGGACGGUGAGACACGGCGUCACCGAGCUCCGACCACCGAUCUGGUCAUUUCACUUUAAUGGAACAAACAUCAUUCAUGAAACUGAUUAGGACGUUUUAAACUUCACCAUAUUCAGAUUAACUCAACAUGUAACACAAUGUAUGUCUGUUAAUAAAUGUCCAUUUUUAAAGUGAGACUUGGUUUUUACAUGGUCACAGACGCUGUAACCAGUAAACUGUCACCUCUGUCUUUGUCAUG